AUGCAUAUCGUUUGGGAAAUAUUUUUGAUUUUUCAAGCAUAUUUCAUCUGUACAUCAGCACAGCUAAUUUCACCAAAGAUUCAUGACGGUUGGUGGGCAUACAAAGAUGCUGUCCAAGGGAGCUUUGUUCCAGUACCAUCCUUCUGGGGGCUAGUGAAUUCCGCCUGGAACCUGUGUGCCAUGGGAAAGAGGCAGUCACCGGUCAACGUCGAGACCAGUCACAUGAUCUUUGACCCCUUCCUCAACCCUCUACGUCUCAACACAGGCGGACGCAGCAAGAUGGGAGGCACCAUGUACAACACAGGGCGCCACGUGUCGCUGCGGCCAGACAAGGCUCACCUGGUGAACAUCUCCGGUGGGCCUCUGGGUUACAGUCACCGGCUGGAGGAGAUCCGCCUGCACUUCGGUAGCGAGGACGGCCAGGGCUCGGAGCACCUGCUCAAUGGACAGUCCUUCCCUGCAGAGGUGCAACUUAUACACUACAACCAGGAACUCUAUGCCAACUACAGUGAGGCAGCCAAGAGCCCCAAUGGCAUAGCAAUUGUGUCCAUAUUCAUAAAGAUAUCCGAGUCUCCAAAUGUAUUCCUGAAUCGCAUGCUGAACAGAGACACCAUCACGAGAAUAACAUACAAACAUGACGCAUUCUUACUCAUGGGGCUCAACAUAGCAGAUCUAUAUCCAGACACUCUACAUUUUAUAACAUACGAGGGCUCCAUGACUAUCCCGCCCUGCUUCGAGACAGCCACCUGGAUCCUCAUGAACAAACCUGUGUACGUCACACAGAUGCAGAUGCAUUCCCUGCGACUGCUAAGUCAGAAUGAGCCAUAUAAGAUAUUCCUCAGUAUGAGUGACAACACGCGGCCCGCCCAGCCUCUCCUACAGCGCUGUAUCCGCACCAACAUCAACUUUAGCAAGCAGGGCCGAGACUGCCCCAACAACCGUGCCCUGAGGCCCCAGUAUCGAGUAAACCAGUGGCUUCUGAAGUAG